AUGGUCCUCUGUGCGGCGGACGUCGACCGGCUGCGGCGCUACGCGACGCGCCGGCCCGCGCAGUCGCGUGAGGCCGCUGAGGCCGAGCGGCGCGCGCUCGAGGAGGGCGUCGGCAAGCUCGCUCGCCGGCGGCUGCGCGAGCACAUGCUGUCGCUCAUGCUUGAGCCGGCGGAGCUGGACGAGUGCUGGCGGCUGCUGCGCGCGCACGCGUCGCCGCCCGCGUCGCCGCUCGACGAGCGCAUCGACUACACCGGCUUCUGCCGCGUUGCGGACGCCAUGCCCGCGCGGCUCGGCCGGCACUUUUUCGGCGCCGAGCACUUUUUGCGCUUCCCGAAUGACCCGUGGGGGCGGGUGUCGAUCGUACACUACUUUUGCUGGCUGCGCAGCAAGACCGCGAUCCUGCGCACGCGGAUCGAGUUCUCGAUCUACGACCACUCCACCGAUGGCACGCUUGGCGAGCGGGAGCGGGAGCCGCGGCGAGUGACUGCCGUGCGAAAGUUCUUCUUCUUCCUCGACCCGCGCCGGCGCGGCCGCAUGGUGGCCGAGGGUGCUUCUCACGAGUCUGGUGGCUGUGCAGGCGACUUGGGCCAGGAGGAGCUGCGCCAGAACUGGUUCUCGCUUGAGUACGCAGAGAUGCUCUACUCGGACUACCUCGAGCUCGACGCGGACCAGAACGGCAUGCUCUCUGUCGGCGAGCUCAUGCGCUUCCGCGGCGGCGCGCCGCCAGGAGGAGGGCUGACAGCGCCGUUCGUGCAGCGGAGCGAGCUCGACUACAAGUCGUACCUCGACUUUGUGCUCGCGCACUCGUACAAGGGCACGCCCGAGGCGCUCACCUACUUCUUCAAGCUGCUCGACCUGCGCCGCCGGCUGCUCGGGCUGGACCUCGCCUACUUCUUCCGCGCGGUCCUCGAGAAGUUUGACGAGCUGGGCGUCGACCCGGACCACGACCAUCACCCAUGA